AUGGCGCACUGCGACGGACUUCGACGCUACCAAAGAGUCGACGAGGAGGCGACCACUAUCAAGGUUGCCUCGUCAAAAGCGAUCCGUAAUGUCGUCAAGCUGAAGAGGCAACCAACAAAUAAGCUCUCGAAGCCAGGCAAUUGGAAGGAAGCCACAACACCGCUUGAUAACGAGGAAAAGAAAAGGGCCAAGGAGAACGCCGCCCCUCCGAGCCCCAUCAUCAAUCAACUAGACCCCCCCGCACAAGUCACAUUCGACACCGGCCGGCCGCUUGACGAUGUUCCCGAUCUGAUCUACUGCAAGCUCUGCAAGAAGGGAGUCAUCAGGACCUCCGGGAAGGAGCAUAUCGACGAAUGUCUUCGCAUCAAGAGGGAAAAGGCGCAACGCAAAAAGGAGGCCCGCGAGGCACGUGAGCGCGCCAAGGAGGCUGCUCGUGAGGAGGAAGCCCGCAAGAACGACCCCGACGGCGCUGCGGGCCGCGACGAUGACGACAGCGACGCUGACGAGCCCACCGAGAGAAAGGGGAACGGUGGAAAGACGACAAAGAAGGCUACCGGCAAGAAGCCCGAUACCGGCGGAAAGAAGAGGAAGGCCGAGGGAGACCUGGAGAAGGGCAAGGCCAAGAAGAAGAAGGACGAACCGAAACCCAAGACCGCCAAGCCCAAGGGCCCUGUGGAUGUUGAGAGGCAGUGUGGUGUCAUCUUGCCCAACGGGCAGCCUUGCGCUCGUUCACUCACGUGCAAGAGUCACAGUAUGUCGGCCAAGAGAUCCGUGCCGGGGCGAUCCCUACCGUAUGAUAUGCUCCUUGUGGCAUAUCAGAAGAAGAAUCAAGCAAAGCAGCAACGAGCCGCCAUCGACGCCAAUGCCCCGUUGGAGGAGGACGACGAUCCGAAUGCCGGUGCGGUGGACAGUGACGAGGAGACAGCUGCCGUUAUGAACGCCCUAGCGAACUGGCGACCGCAACCGGUUGUCCCUCAACCUAUCAUUGCACCGAUCAAGAGGCAGUACCAGCUGGCACGGUUGCACGAGCAACUCCAGACCGUAACGAACGGCGGCCGACUCAACAUUUUCAAGGUUGUUGGAUUUGGUGCUCAGAAGCUCCCGGAGGGCCAUCCUGGUCUCUAUCAGCAAGAGGAGGAACAUGCCGGUGAUCCCGACGUCUCCAUGCAAGAAGCAUUUUCCCGACACCAUCUUGAGGAGGAACUAAUGGAUAUAUCACGACAAAAACGAGUGCGCUUGACUCCUGAAUUAGGUCCGAAAUCAUCACCGAACCCGAAGCUGGUACGGCAAAUUUUGCCGCCACAUGUGUCGGAUAUUAGGAAGAGUCCCAGUGGCGCAAAGCGCCCAACAGACACAAUGGAACAAUACCUCAGACAGACAUUUGCUCCUGUUAGGAGAGAUGAUAGCGUCCGAUCACUUCAUCCAGCAAAUUCAUCUAGGCCUGGAACCGGGGUAAGCUCACAAAGGCCGCCUAGGCAGGCAUACCCCACACAAAGACCUCCAAGCCGCGAUGCAGAGAGGGCUGUUGCCCGUCCAGGACCGACCAAACAUUACCACGACGAAUUACCUGCUCGGAGGGAUUCAGUUGGUGUGUCACUUCGAGGAGGCGGCUCAGAAGUCGGAUCUCCAAGAAGGCAUUACCUUGUGAGCCCAGCAGCCGCACAGACCCCAGCUCGACGUCCAAGUCGGCGGCUGUCCUCAGCAUCACCCGGUCAAAAAUCACUACACCUGAGUCCCCAUGUUCCGGAUGAAGUUCGCGCAAUGGAUGCUGAGAAAUGUCCAGAAAUCUCACCGGAAGAAAUGGACAUGCUUCGGGAGAUAUAUAUGGCUUGUCAGCAGCACCCGGAAAAGUUUAAUGAGUACCGUCAGGAAUACCAAGCUUAUCAGCAACGACUACAAGUACAAAAGGGCUCAAGCGGAGGGAAACAACCAACGGGAUCUCAGUCCGCAAGCCCAGCGACUGAAGUCCCCCCUCGUUCAAUGUUCGAUAAAACCGAAUACCAUGAAACUCAGCGUGUGCUGGAACAAGCGCAAUUCAGACCUGCUUGCUCCCCUCGCCACGGCUCUAGUACGGUUUUGCGUGGCGGCACUGCUUCCUCUUCGAACACCCUAGCAGGCACUCGUCAACGGCCGGAAGUAUCAUCACCGGUAAUUAGCACACAGCAAAGUUUACCCGACACUCCACAUACCCCUAGGAAUCAUCAGCGCAAGCGGUCUGGUCCUAUACCACGAAUAAUACUCAAGGUACCGAAGCGUACCCUGCAACCGAAUAUGGGCGUCUCACCAAUGAAAGGAGGUUCUCAACGAAAUGUUUUGAGUUCACCGAGGAAAACUCACGGCCCAGUGGGAGGCAAAAGCCUCAAGGACUCUUCGGUCGAGGAGAGCAGUCUGGUUGGUACUGAUGACUAGAGGGCAUCCGAAAAAUUAGUAAAUCGGAGCAGUUGGAUCACCUCCGCUUAACUAGAGGAUGGCUGCUCGCGACAACGGAGUCUACGGUGACGCAGCCUAGAAUUAUCCGAUAUGAAGUCAGGAAAUGGAGUUUGAUAAAUG